GAACGUCCUGCUUGGAGCGUCGCACCGCGAUCGUGUCUCACCUGUCCGGUGCGUCCGCAGGUGGCGCCGUCUGCACGGAGAGGACGCCGGGAGAUUUCCAGAAGCCUGGAAAUGCAGCUCUGGAUGGGAUCUCUAGUAAAAUGCUGACUGGGAGUGAGGACUCGGUGGUCUUUGAGGAUUUGGCUGUGAACUUCACCCAGGAAGAGUGGGCUUUGCUGCAUCCUUCUCAGAGGGACCUCUACAAGGAUGUGAUGGUGGAAACCUUCCGGAACUUGGCCUCAGUAGAUUGUUGUACUCAAGUUAAAACUACUGGAUCAAGUCCUCAGCAGGAUAUUUUGGGGAAUGAAAUAACCACUGAAGAAAAAAUAAGCUCACUAAGAAAUGAUUCCUGGUAUAAUUUGGUAGAAAAAGGGAAACUUAAUAACAUGGAAAAUCAGCACCAAAUCCAGGAGAGGCAUUCGAGGUAAGUGACACAAGUGGAAGGAGUAUUGGCAGCAGAGUGUUAGAGUGUCUUGAAAAUAAAGAAAAAGUAUACAUGUAGCUAAACAAGUUGGUACUGAGAGGGAAUUUUCACAAUAUUUUUAUAAAUGUGAACUAGAUAUCGAGUGACUGAGAUAUAAUUCAGUUGUAAACAAUGGUCAGCAAACCCUAUAGUGAGAAAGAGAUUGAAAGCAAUGUCUUUAUUCAAACCCUCAGCCAAGCAUUCAGGUUGUUCCACUUUGAAACAAUUUAGACAGUGCAGAAAACAUACCCAUUUACUGAGAAAGGCAAAUAUGUGGUCAUAAUUAUCAUUCACUUGCCUCUGAU